CAUUCGCGCUGAGUUCCCUUUUCUGUUAGUAUUUCGCAGGAAAGUGUGGCACGUCUGAAUGCAUACAUCUAAGUGCUGAGGAAAUCAUUUGUCGUUUUCCACCGCAACGAGCUCUAGCCCUUUCAGAUAAAGCUUGAAGCGGAGGGUCGGCGGCUGCAACUUUGCGGGUUGAACAAAUAUUUUUUUGCACAGGUAUGUGUUGCGCAUUCCAGAGACGUCUCCUAAUCAAUCUAGCAGCAGCAUUUGGAUGCGUGACUCUGACAUCUGGAAGUCCUACAUCGCCGAGAAUACUCAGGUUCACGAACAAUGGAAUGUUUGUUACGGGAAGAACGCACGGUGAACCAAUCGUUGUUGGUUUAACAUCCAACGGCAGCCAUGGGAUGCGAGACUGUGAAGUUCUCAACGGAAAGGAGGCUGUUGACGAUGUCCUGAAGCGCGUUCCUGCGAAAUCUAUCUUGAAAGUCCCUGAUGAAGAUAUAUUGGUCUAUCUUGUGUCCUGCAAAAACGUACUCAGAGUCCAACCCACAGGUCGUACUCUCAGUGACGAUCUCCGGGAAUUGACAAUCUUCCCUGGGACGAAAUGGUGCGGGAGUGGUAACAUAGCAACAGGCUACAAUGACCUUGGAGAAGCACAAUCAACAGACCGGUGCUGCAGAGAGCAUGACCAUUCAAAGGACAACAUCGCAGGCUUUGGCAAAAAACAUGGGAUCACGAACAAGUACCCGUACACAAUGACCAACUGUGACGACGACAGCAAAUUUUACAAAUGCCUACUGAAUGACCCGUCUGACACAUCUGGUCGUGUUGGGGCCAUGUAUUUCGACGUGCUUCAAACACCGUGCUUUGCAAAGGCGCACCCUGUGAACUGCACACAAGAAAAGGACAGCAGCACGCCUGAAGACAAGCUUUUCGGAGAGAAAACAUGUACCAAGUACACUGUGGAAAAGUCGGCACCAGAAACCUGGCAAGAAUUUCCACCCCCGAAUUUUUCCAGAGAUUACAUCCAGAGAUGGGGACCUAGUGCCACACCCUUUAUGACGUUAACCAAGAGGGAAGAGACGGUUGUCAACUGGAAGGUGAUCAAAAAUGUUUGAAACGUGAGAUGCACGUAGUGACAAAAAUAAACAACGUAAUGUAUCUACA